CCCUAUGUCCCCCGUUUGCAUGAUUGUAGACCAUGCAUGGUAGACUGGUGUAGGUAUAGCUAUGCUUCUAUUCUGCUACAAGUAACAGUUGCCAUGAUGACGUUUCGGCAACAGGUUUGUGUCGACGCCAUUUGAGCCGAUGGCAAUGGACAGAAAUACCGACCUUUCACCACUGCCCCUUUACUUAGGGCUUUAGCUUUCACCGACGGAGACUGUAAAAUUGAAUGAAGUUUAGUUGGCCCUCGGCAUCAACACCGGUGGGAAAUUGGUUCGUCCAGUUGAGGAACAGAUGAAGAAGGCUACAUUGUAGUGUGCAAUCGUUACUAGCCGCAAAGUUCAUCAGUUCGGGUCCCGAAUUUCUGACAGCCUGUUUCCUACUGUUGUCGUUGUUGCAAUUGUUCACUUGUUCAUUGCUAAACUACCGCCGAUAUCAGCCAGCGAGUAACAUGGUUCUGGGCGGUGUCAUUGACUUCGUCGUCUUGCUGGGCAAGCUGCUCUUUUUGAGCGUCUGGGAGCCUAUCAAAUGGCUGCUGCCCAAACAGCGUAAAGAUGUCAGCAAUGAGAUUGUACUCAUCACAGGCGGUGGAAUGGGAAUGGGACGACUAAUGGCCCUGGAGUUUGCCCAGCUCAAGGCCACUGUGGUUAUCUGGGAUGUCAAUCGGGACGCUAUGAAUGGUGUGGUGCAGGAAAUCAAGGACCAGGGCAACUCGGCGGUGUUCAGUUAUGUCGUCGAUGUCAGCAAAAAUAACCAAGUGUAUGCUGCAGCUGACAAGGUUCGCCGUGAUGUGGGAGACGUGUCAAUCCUGGUCAAUAAUGCUGGCUUGGUGAAUGCACCGAACUUCCUGAAUGUUCCGGAUGAGCGCAUCGAGCUGCUAAUGGACGUCAAUGCCACUUCACAUAUGUGGACUCUCAAAGCCUUUCUUCCAGCAAUGCUGGCCAAGGACCAUGGUCACAUCACCACCAUAGCCUCCUCUGCUGGCCUCAUUGGUGUAAGCGGGAUGCUGGACUACUGCGCCAGCAAGUUUGGCGCCGUCGGCUUGCACGAAUCCGUUACCAUGGAGAUCGCCUCACUGGGCAAGACCGGAGUCAAGACCACACUGGUCUGUCCGUACUUUGUCAAGACGGGCAUGUUCGAAGGCGCUGCGUCCAGAAUCGACUGGCUGAUCACGCAGCUGACUCCUGAGUACGCCAGUGGCAGAAUCGUUGACGCUAUUCGCACCAACUGCAAGAUGCUUGUCAUGCCGAGAAUCAUCUACGCAUUCAUUGUUCUGAAGGCAAUCAUCCCGACCGAGAGUGCACUUCUAAUUUCCAAGUACACAGGCAUGGCCAGUGCCAUGAGGAAGUUCGUUGGACGCACAGGGAAGGCGAAAUAACCCACUGCACUGAUGGUCUAUAGUGGAACAGCACCUUCGCAUAAUUCUAUUCAUGUACCACAGUGUGGCAGUGAUCAUUUCUUGAAAUCAAAGCUACACUUUCCAGAAGCCUGAGUGUAAUGUUUGAUAAUGAUCUUUCCGUAUGUUUGUUGAAUGUCUAGUUUUGUCUACCAUUGUAAGUCAGUUAGGCUCAGUGAGCCUCGCGCAUGAUGAUAUGAUUUUUACUUAUGUACCAUUGGCAUGUCAUGAGAUAAAAAAUUAGAUAUCCUACCAUUAGUACUAUGCCCAUGCAGCGAACUAUCGAAUGUUGAAUACACAUACACACACAACAAUGAAGACUGAAAACUUACAUAUUGACUGCUACUAUGGGUUCCAUGCUUAGCCUAAGUGAAAUGAUCCUCACUGAUCGACUUCAAUCAUCAUCAUCCUAAACUGUAACUUCCUUACCACGUGAUUCAUUUUGGUGGGUCACUGAUCAACAUUGGAGCUAGGUGUUGACGUCACGUUCAAUGUUUGGCGCGUUUGAGACCAAGAAAGAAGAUAAAGAUGACAAGUCGACUGUCACAGAAAACAAAAGUCUUGAAUGGACACAUAGAAGGCCAAGGAUGUGGAACAUGUCGGCAGUCCGCAGGAUCAUUAUAGUUCCAAAAACUGUUUAGGCUCUCUUAGUAGCAUGCAUUUGUGAGUCAGAUGUCUACUCACAACUACCAGUACCAAUCAUGUUCUGGCACUGUACAUAUAACUUUGAAAUUAUGUAAAACUAUAGAGUGUUGUACGAAAACUUGUUCGAAUCAUCUUUUUUUUCCAUUGCCCUUUUUCUUCUUACAUGUAUUUUUCCUUACCCUUUAGGUUGUUUCUUGCAUCGUCUCCAUCGCUUACAUUGUUAAUAAAGUAGUCCACAUGUC